AGAGGGUUUGUAUGUGGUGUAGAGUGUGUAUGUGGGGUUUGUGUAUGUGUGUGUGUGUGUGUGUGUGUGCCCGCGCGCGCUCGAUGCGCACUGGCGAGAACUGCUGGGAGAGUAGAAGAAACAGCUUCAGCCUAGGUACGAGAGCGAAUGAGUGUGUGUGCGUCAAAGAAUCUCCAGUGAUUGAUACUCUCUGUGGCGCUCCCGGCCUCAGGCGCGGGGAAAAUGAUGACUCUGUAGAUCUAGUAGCGGUAGGGCUGAUUGCGGAAGCAGCAGGGCGAGGAAAGCCAGGGAGAGAUUGGGAGCUGUUGGCUGGGAUUGUCCCUGCUCUGCAUUGCGCUGCAGUGCGGGAGUCACCGUAACUUCCAACUGUUUUGUUUUUGAACCUGAAGUGGACCAUGCUUUCGGCACAUCCCAACUGACAUCAGGCCUGGGCCAGAUUGUGUUCCACAAUCAGUCUACAUCUUCUCACCUGCCACAGGUCAACAGAAGAUGGAAGACUCCAACAGGGAUAGGACAUCCUUAGUGAAAGGUGCUAAGGACAUUGCCAAGGAGGUGAAGAAACAAACUGUGAAAAAGGUAAAUCAAGCAGUGGACCGGGCCCAGGAUGGCUACACACAGAGAUCCUACAGCCGAUUCCAAGAUGAAGAGGAUGAUGAUUAUUACCCAGCAGGAGAAACCUAUGGUGGGGAAGUCAAUGAUGAUGAAGGAUCAAGUGAAGCAACAGAAGGCCAUGAUGAAGAUGAUGAAAUUUAUGAAGGCGAAUAUCAGGGCAUUCCCAACCUUAACCAAGGGAAAGACAGCAUUGUGUCCAUAGGGCAGCCCAAAGGGGAGGAGUAUAAGGAUCGUAGUGAAUUGGAAUCUGAAAGGAAAGCUGAUGAGGAAGAAUUAGCCCAGCAGUACGAGCUGAUUAUUCAAGAAUGUGGCCAUGGACGGUUUCAGUGGGCCCUUUUCUUUGUCUUGGGGAUGGCACUCAUGGCAGAUGGAGUGGAAGUAUUUGUAGUGGGCUUUGUAUUGCCAAGUGCUGAGACGGACUUGUGCAUACCAAAUUCUGGAUCUGGAUGGCUAGGUAGCAUAGUGUACCUCGGGAUGAUGGUGGGGUCGUUCUUCUGGGGCGGAUUGGCAGACAAAGUGGGAAGGAGACAAUCUCUUCUGAUUUGCAUGUCUGUCAAUGGAUUCUUUGCCUUCCUUUCAUCGUUUGUCCAGGGCUAUGGCUUCUUUCUCUUCUGUCGCUUACUUUCUGGAUUUGGGAUCGGAGGAGCUGUGCCAACUGUCUUUUCCUAUUUUGCUGAAGUACUUGCCCGAGAGAAACGAGGGGAACACCUGAGCUGGCUCUGCAUGUUCUGGAUGAUUGGAGGCAUUUAUGCCUCGGCCAUGGCUUGGGCCAUUAUCCCCCACUACGGAUGGAGCUUUAGCAUGGGUUCUGCCUAUCAGUUUCACAGCUGGCGGGUCUUCGUGAUUGUCUGUGCUCUCCCUUGUGUCUCCUCUGUGGUGGCCCUCACUUUCAUGCCGGAAAGCCCAAGGUUCUUGUUGGAGGUUGGGAAACAUGAUGAAGCCUGGAUGAUUUUGAAGCAAAUCCACGAUACUAAUAUGAGAGCCCGUGGUCAGCCUGAGAAAGUCUUCUCUGUGAACAGAAUCAAAACUCCAAAGCAGAUCGAUGAAUUGAUUGAAAUUGAGAGUGACACAGGGACUUGGUACAAGAGAUGUUUUGUUCGAAUCCGCACAGAAUUAUAUGGAAUCUGGUUAACUUUUAUGAGAUGUUUUAACUAUCCUGUUAAAGAGAAUACAUUGAAACUGACAGCAGUUUGGUUCACCUUGUCUUUUGGGUACUAUGGAUUGUCUGUCUGGUUCCCUGAUGUCAUUAAGCAUCUUCAGGCUGAUGAAUAUGUUUCCCAAGUGAGAAACAUUGGCAGAGAAAAAGUGGCCAAUUUUACUCUCAACUUCACCUUGGAAAAUCAGAUCCACACCAGUACAGAAUACGACAAUGGCAGGUUCAUGGGGAUGAAGUUCAAAUCUGUAACUUUUAAAGACUCCAUUUUUAAGAAUUGUUACUUUGAAGAUGUGACCUCCCAAAACACCUACUUCAGGAACUGUACAUUUAUUGAAACACAUUUUAACAACACAGAUUUUGAGCCAUAUAAAUUCAUUGACAGUGAAUUUAAAAACUGCACAUUUUCGAACAACAAGACGGGAUGUCAAAUCAGCUUUUAUGAUGAUGACAGCGCCUACUGGAUUUACUUUGUUAAUUUUCUGGGUACACUGGCAGUAUUGCCAGGAAAUAUUGUAUCUGCAUUGUUGAUGGACAGGAUCGGACGCUUAACCAUGCUAGGUGGCUCCAUGGUGCUUUCUGGGAUUAGCUGCUUUUUCCUGUGGUAUGGUACCAGUGAAUCCAUGAUGAUAGCCAUGCUUUGUCUCUAUAAUGGCUUGACUAUUUCUGCCUGGAACUCCUUAGAUGUGGUCACCGUAGAACUCUACCCAACGGACAGAAGGUCAACAGGUUUUGGCUUCUUGAAUGCUCUAUGCAAAGCAGCAGCUGUGCUUGGAAACUUAAUAUUUGGCUCCCUUGUUGUUAUCACCAAAGCCAUCCCUAUUCUACUAGCUUCUACUGUGCUUGUAUGUGGAGGAUUGGUGGGACUCCGUCUGCCUGACACAAGAACCCAGGUUUUGAUGUAACUGAUGGGGAAGAAAAAGCCAUUUGUCAUUUUGUUUUUCUCUCUUUUCCAAGUGUCAAUUUUCUUGAUUGGUGCAAAGGCUUUAGAGAUUUCAUGCCAAGAAAGAUGGGUCAGAUAUUAUCAUAACUCGACCUCUUGUGGUGACUAAUGCUUAGCUGUGUGAGUCCUUUCCCCCAAACACAAUAUUUGCACAUAUUGCUUUGCCAUGCAUCAUUUCUUUCCAAACUGUAAAGAAAGCUACCUCCUCCUAAAGUAGGCAAGAGAAAGACAAUGCAUGCUGAAAAGCCCUCUCUUUUCAUCAAUGGAAGCUUUUCUAAAAACGGCACUAAGAUAGCCAGAAUGGCUUCAGAUUUUGCUGAGUCAGAUCAAGAAAGCUGAAAGGGGAGGAGUGAUGGUGUAAAUAAGUGCUAAUGUCAAUGCAAUAAUACACAGGAAAUAUAGGUUGACUUAUUACUACAUUCAUGUUGAAAAAAGAGAUUCUAUUUUUUUCCCCAACAGUCUGAUAUUUCCUGUUUACAUAGAAAAGAGCGAUGUAUAAUUUGGGCUAUCAGAACCAUGUGGUGGUAUAGAGCAGGUAGGGUGGGGCACUUUCAGUUAUGAGGGUGAAGGAGAAAAAUCAUGACAGGACAGCUGACAGCAAAAAGUGUGGUAAACAGUCUGUGCAAGAAAAGUCAUGGAGGGACUCGUUUUCUGAUUUCUGAUAUGAUGUGCAAAAAUAUUGGUGAGACAGUGUACGUGAAUAUGGUUUUCUGAAUAUUUGAAAAUUAAAAAGAAACCCUCUGAUCAUAACAGGCAGUUUUCAUAGACAGAAAGGUUAAGAAAGGAAAGCUUCUAAAAGGUUCCUCUCUGCCCUAUAUUGUUCAACUACUCUAUCCUUCUCAGUAGAACAGAGAUGUCAGGUGCAGUCAAACGACUUUAACAAAUUAGUUUUGAUUUAUCAAAGUGAAAUUUGGUAGAAAAAUAGUCCCUCCAUCUCAUCAAUUCUGAUCUCAAAGAACAGAUGCAAUGGCUGUUGAUUAAGUGCUCACACGUGACUAUUCCUGCUGCUUCCCUGCAACAGAUCACCCAGUUUGAAAAUAUUGUUUUAAAAUGUGUCCCCAAACAAUUUUAAAAUGCUUCCCUGGGGCAUUAUAGGGACAGUGUGUUUUGGGGUUAUAGUGUUUGCCUUCAGCUUAUGUUGAUCAAAUCCAUACAUAUCUCUACUGAAGGUAGCCAUGGAGUUAUAACACAGCAUCACAAUCACAGUUGGCUGCUUGGUUGUAAUUUUUCAUUGGGAAUUUGCUUGAGAAUGGCAAAGGGAGGGACAGCAAAGAAUUCCCAUGGACCAGCUGUCAUCCAGAUGACCCUCUCACCUCUCCCACAUGCCUCAGCCUUAGACUUUUGCUACGUGUAAAGACACAUCUUUCUUUGAAAUCUGAAGCUUCUGUACAUACUUGGAAUAAUAGCUCACAGUCCGUAGUAAAUCAUCUUUUGUGCCAUACAUACUGUCACUUGAAAUGAUACAUGUUUUUGAGCUUGGUAUACUUCCUUAGAAGAUUAUCAACAUUAGCUAUUCUGUGGGGCAACAUGACAAAAAGAGCUAGGUCUCAGGAGCCACACAAAAGUGAAGACUAGCAAUGAAAGCUCCAGUUUGGGACCUUCGUUUCUAAGAAUCAAUGAAUUAUAGGUUUGUCUCUAUAGGGCAACUCUACCUCUCCCUGUCCCAUGAUCACUGUGAUCUGAACUGUCAUCUCAGUUCAGACUGUGCAUGAAAGCUUUUUUCCAUAAGAAGAAACUGUUCAGUGCUAGGCUCAUCAAGAAAACUAUGCCAAGAGAGGGAAAAGGAUGGAGAAAAGCAGGAAGAAAGACUAUAGAAAUCAAGGAAACAGGAAAGAGGAGCCCAAAACUGGAAAACUAAAAAAAAUAAACAAGAGAAUUGGCUGUCAUUAAGGGGCAAAGAAAUUGGCUGUACUAAAAAUCUUAGACUUUACUCACUCUCUUCCUCCUUCUUCCCCUUUACUUUCUUUCCUUUUCUCUUUAAAGGAAAUAUUCUCAAAGUCUUUUAGAUUGAUGAGAAAUAUGUAAACAGCAGAAGUCAGCAUCUACCAUGUUCCAGGCACUAUGUUAAGCACUAGGGAUAGAAAGAUACAAAAAAUUGUCCUUGGUUUCAAGGUGAUCCCAAGAGUAGUAUUUCUAAAUCCUAUGUAGUCUGAAUCUCUAAAUUCUCCUUACUAAUUACAUGGGGGGGGGGGGGGGGGGGAAAGCAUGUGUUGCUAUACAUCCAGAUCAUCACCUUUUGCACAUCUUAGAUACUUCUGAUAGUCUGGGGAAAUUUAUGUACUUCAUCUCAAAAUAAUGCUUUUGAAUGUGUACAAUCAAAUGCAUAGGGCUUUAAAAAUAUAGUUUUAUUGAAUAGUUAUCAAAAGUAAUUAUAAAAACAACAAGUUUCUCAGACCCCAGGUUAAGAAGCCCUUAUCUAGACUCAAAAAACAUAAUUGUUCUUAUAGCCUUACUAGGUUCUCUAGUCCUGUUACAUGAUUCUUAUUUAUCUUAUGUCAGUCAGUACAUAUGAUGCUUCUACAGAGAAGGUACAUGAUUGAACUAUAUUUCAGUAUAAAUUGAGUCAGCAAAGCUGUAAUGAAAAGUUAAAAGCAGAACUCCACUUCUCUGAAGCAUCUCUUUUUUGUGCCAAUAAGCAUGGUUCUAGGAAAUUCUACCUCCAGAGAUCCACAAAGGACCUUUUUCAUCCUUUGGUCCAAAACCCAAGCUAUUGGUCUUUUCCAAGUGGGAACCUUUUGCAUGCCCCCAUUUAUAAACAAGUAAUUUUUUUUUGACAGUUUCUACUAUUUCACCUAAGUUCCUCACAUUUGCUUUCCUCUUCCAGAGAUUCUCCCUAAAAGAGAUCAGGUUGUUUCCAAAGUAUGUUGCAAAGCCUGUCUAGCAUGUUUGGGGUUUGACAUUUAGCUGCGGAUUAAGAUAUAAUAAUGAGAUAAGUAUGCUUAUGAAUCUAUCCAGUUAUUGGGUCGCUCACUGAUACAUAAAAGUCUGGGUGACAUGUCUUUUCAUUCAAAACAAAGAAGAAAAUAAGAAGGAACUCAGAUAUGAAAGCCCAGAAGAAAAACAAGAACAUUUAAUUCCUAAAUUUCCUAUUCUUUUGGCACAUAUGCCAAUGCUUCUGAACCUUCCCCAGAAUCCAACCAGAAUUCUCCAUGUCCCCUUAGGGAGAACAGAAUACUUUCCCCAUAUACAAGUUCAGUAUUCCAAGCUGUGCUUCUCAUUAUUAUGUUUCAGUGACCAGACUCACAUUUAGCAUCACUGUUUUAUAUGCCAAGUGGGAUCUCAUUUAUCCUGUUGUCCCAAGAGCCAUCACAGACUAAUCCAUGGAGGGGAUCCUCUAUCUAUCAAAAUUCAGCUGAAUUCAGGAAAAGUUCCUUCAAUUCCGCAUUAAUCAAGAGAUUGCAUUCUGGAAUCUUACCUGCUGGUAAUACUUCUACAAAUAUUUGAUACAGUCAAUUUAUAAUGGAAACAUUAGGGAAUAGAAUAGAAUGAACGGAGAGAUGUUGGUCAAUCAGUUGGGACACAAGUGUGAGAAGUGUCAGAGGACAGAGUUCCAAUUUUGCUUACCCUGACAGCCUCUUUAAAGUCGAAAAUUCAAUCCUUUGAAGCUGGGAACCCAUCUUUCCAGAUUGAUAUAUUUGUCAAAUUCACUAGUUUUUUAAAAUGUACAAUGGUCAUAUCUAUUGGCUCUCUUGCACAUAUGUUUGGCUCAUAUACUCUUGAAAAAGCUCUUGAAUAGGUCUUUGCUGCCAGGAACACAAAGUUCUGGUGGAUUCUCUCUUAGUUGAAAGUUAUACUAUCACAAAUAUACCACAUAAAAUGACAGUUCUGGUUCUUAUCAAAAAGAAUUUUGCUCUCCAUUCAUGGAAAAGAUAAAAGGGAGAAUGGGGAGCAGGGAGGGUGAUGGAGGGUCAGAAAUACUAGUGCAAAAAAUAUUGUGGUGAGGAAAUGAAGAGUAUAAGGAAAGGACUUUUUUGAACCACAGGAUUCAAUUAGGUAGCAUGCCAAGGGAAUGCCAUCUGCUCCUUUCUGCUAACCAAAAUAGAAUUGGAUAUCUGCUAACCAAAAUAGAAUUGGGCAGUUUCAACAUUUAUUCUUUUCAAUGACAAAAAGGACUUUAUUAUUUCUUCAAUAAAAACCCUUUUCCUGUUCAUGUAGUAGAUUUCAGGUCAAAAAUGUUUGAGUUUGACACUUACUUAGCACCAUAGAAAGAGAGUCAGCUAGCCCUUAAAAGCCAGUUUGGCUCUAGGUCUAAAUUUCCUUUUUAUUUUUUAUUUUUUGAAAUCUGUAUUCUACACCAAGUUCAUCUCAGUAGCUGGGGGUGGGGAGGUGGGAGGGAGGAAACACCAGUCAUGUUGCGAUAACAGAAGGAAAUGUUACCAAUCUGCACCUUAAGAAUUCUGAAAUUAAACCUAAACUUACACAGUUUUUCCUUCUUUCAGGCAAUGUAUGUUUUUUGUCAUAUUAACCAUGUUAUUCAACAAGUUAAAUCUAUAUAGUAUGGGAACAAAAAUGUCAGUGUCUCCUGUGCGCUUUAUCUGUCCACUUAACUAUUUCCUUGUGUGUGUUUACAGUUGCUUUUGUACUAUUCUUGUCACUGUCUUGACACAUGGUUUAUGUCUGUUCUCCUCAAUAAUCUUUGCCCAAACUCAAGAAAUAACCAUUGCCAGAGUUUCCUGCAACUGACGGUUGAUGUGAGCAGGAUCUCAUUCAUUUAUUAGUGACUUACUUUUUUUCAAGAGUCCAGUCUACAAACUGGCAGCCCACAUUGGGAACAAAUGGGGCAGUAAGGGAAUUAGAUGGCUAGAAAACUUCUCUAUUGCUAGGAACAUUUACUGUGAUAAAUGAUUCAUUCUUUGUAUCACCUUUAAAGAAGAGAAUACAGAGUUAUGUCUGUCAUUGAAAGGCAAAGAGCAGAACAUCACAUUGACCACAAAAGAAAGGAUUUUUUACAGGAAGGAAGAGAGGAAUUUGGAAAUUAAAACCAUCACCCAAGCCUGGCCAGCAAGGCAAAAUAGCUGGUAUUAAUACAUGCCCAAUAGAUUGAGCUACCUAUUCACAAAGUAAAAUUUUACACUGGGCAUCUUUGUAGAAGCUAUUUAGCCAGCACUUGGGGAAAAAAAGGGAGAAAUAGACAAAUCUGUUCUUUUCAACGUUAUUAUUUUGAAAAAAAAUUACCCAGAAAUAUUAUUUUAAGGUACAAGAUGCAAAAAUCAACAAAAAAGUAGUUACAUUUUGAAGGAGAAGUUAUUUGAUUUUUUAAAAAUAAGAAAUGCUCUAUAAAACUGUUGCUGUCUAUUUUCAGGAAUCUUUUCUAAGGCCUGCAACUAAAAUGUGUUAAAAAAAAAAAAACUCUAAUCCAGCAGCCUUUGGAAUCUUCACUCUGGAAAGCAUAAAUAAAUCUUAUUGCUUCUUCUAUUUCCCUUGAACUGGUCUACUGGGUAAAUUUCCCCUUGUUUUCAAAGAUUUCCCCACCAAAGACUUCCCUUAUUCUUUCUUUCCCUUUCUAUCUUUUCUUCAAAAUUAGGAUAAAGCAACAAGGAUUCUUCUCUCUCCCCCACAAAGCUAACUUAGAGGGUACAUUUUAAUAUAGGCACAUAGAAACUACAGAACUUAAAGUAAACAUAAUCAAUUAAAAGAGGUAGCUACUAAAUGUAUCCACAUCUGGGCCAUAACAGUAACUGAUUCCCUCUCCUGAUGAAACAGAAUCAAUCCUGAUUAUUUCUUGUAUUAUUUUCACAUCAUAAAAUACAAAAUUACUCAUCCUAAGUGUGCUGCUUAUUCCAAGCACUAAGCUAUGACUUACAUUGUCCUUUCUUCCAAUUUAUCUAUCUUUUCACUCCCUCUCUCUCACCUUAUAUCUUCCUCACCUUUGUUUCCUUCUCUACUGCCUGUGUCUUAGAGGAGCUCAGAAACAUAGCUUGAUCAUAGUAAUCCUCAGAGCUGAAGAAAGGAGUUUUAAUCACUCUUCUGGAAACAUGAAUAUAGAUAACAUGUGGAUAGUGAUUGUGAAAUAUAUUUGCUGUGAAUACUCAAGAAGCCCUCAAGGCCUCUGACGUACAAUUAUGAAGAUAAUAUUGAACCAUGAUUUGGCAAGAGUUUCCAUUUGCUGAGAAGCCAUAUACAAUAGCCUACUCUCUGUCUUGUCUCAAAUUCCUAAGUCAAGAUUACAUAUAUAAUCAUAUAUUUAAAGAAAAUACUAUACAUUUGAGUGUAUUUGUGAUAGGACUAUAUAAAAGAUUGAAAGUUCUAGUGCCUUCCUUCCAAUCCAAAUGCUAAAAUUAUAAUGGUUGAUAUUCCUCCUUCUUCCUUUAAAACAGAAUCAUUGCACUACAGAAGGUACCUCUUGGUAUAUACUCCUUCCUCAUCCUCCAAUCAGUGUUUAAUCCAUGUUAAAACUAAGUUAGAGUAAAAAAAAAAAACAGUCGCCCACUUGAACAAUAAGACAAAAUCCUUGGCUAUCAACUAACUAAACACUUUUAGUGUUUUAUUGUUAGUUAAAAACUAACUUUAGUUUUUUUUUAGUUUUAGUUUUAGUUUUUAACUAGUUAAAAACUAACUUUAGUUAGUUUAGUUUUUCUUAACACUGUUAAGAAAAUUUAGGGAACAGGGAUGACUUUUCUUGUUGAAGUUGCAUGCCUUAUGACAGUGAUUCUCCAAAUUUCAUCCUUUCACGAGGUCCACCAGGUAAAAAUAAUUUUAUAAAAAUACUAAGACAUUUUAGUUUCUAAUAAGGUAAAUAUCAAUAUAAAUAUAUAUAACCUAUAUAAGCAAAAACAUGGGGGUGGUCCUUAAUGAUUUUCAAGAUUGUAAAAGGGCCCCAAGACCAAAAAAGUUUAAGAACUGCUGCCUUAGAGAAUAUUUAGCUGCUCAUCAUGCAAAGAUGUGAUUAUGACUGUCUUACUGGUCUUACAGAAACCAAGGUAAUGAAGAGGAGAGAGAAAGGGUCUUCUUUAUGCCCCACUCUCAUGAAAAUUUGCAGGGGGCUUUCUUUCCUGAGUUUAUGGGAGUUUAUCUUCGAACCCACAGAAUAGUGAUUCAAAUUCCUUGCUUUACCCUCAAAGGGAGAAAUUCUAACAAAUCAGAAGGGAUGUCAGAUACCCUAUUGUUAGAUGCAAAAUAAAUAAAACCAACAGCGAUCCUUUCCAUUUGCAUGAAGUCUAUCUCCAGUCCCACACAUGCGCAGGUGAAACUCGGCCCCCCCACCUGCCUUUGAAGUUCACCAGUCUUGCCUAGGUGCUGGUUGACAUAUUGUUCUAAUUUCCUCUCCACCACAAUUGUUAUAAAUUUAUGGUGCCUAAUCUGUAUACUAAAUCAAAAAGAUUAAAGGGUAAAGAAGUGUUUUCUCUUGAUUUAUGCCCUCUCCACAUUCAAAAAAUCAUUGUACAUCCUUAAUUCUGACCCAGGGAUAGGAUGCCCAGGUCUCACAUCUCAUGCUCUUUGCUCAUGUGUACAUAAUGUAUAUAAAGCACUAAGCUAUUUUUUAAGUUAGAUUUCCAUUUUGGAUGCAUUUUCAGAUCAACUCUUUUGCAAAGAGAUCUUGGCAAUGGUCUUGUUUUUUGGUUUCUAUAUUUCCUGCUCUGUGUGCUCUCCUGUCACGUGGGUCCCAGUCACCACUAUUGUACAUAUGUGUUUGCAUGUGCAUCCCCCCAAUAAAUCCUCACUUGCAGGUUUCUGGAUUUUUUCAUCCUGAGUCCAACUGGUCCAAUUGUGAACUCAUCCCUCUGGAAUGCACCUCUGUGUCAGAUUGCUGACUGCCAAAAUGUUUGACCAAGUGUGUUUUUACCGAAAGCCUUGAAGGAAGUUGGCUGUAUCUUGGUGGAAGGGCAUGCUCUGUGUAGAAUGAUUGUACAUACGAUAUAAAUCUAUCAGCUAUGGAAGUGUCUGUAAAUUUAUCUGCCAGAUACCUGACAUUCAUGUAACAAACACAAAGAUAUUUAAUGUACAUCAGAUUAAUAAAUGGGCAUUUUUUGCUCCAUUAUAUUCAAAUAAAGAAUUUUUCUUCAUCAAGAA